AUGGAGGAUUCAGGUGCAAUUCUCUGUCAGAUCUCCUCUCUCAAGGAUAUGCUUGAUCAUGUGAACGAAGAAAUCGAGAAGAAUAUUCAGAUCACCAGAGACAUCGAAUCGGAGAUCGUCAAGUGCGGAGAAAUCGAGACCGCUUUAAUUGCUCGAGAGCUCGAAUUGAUGAGAACGGCGUACAUGUUACAGCUCGAAAUCCACAGCCUGAAGAUUGUCACAGAUGAUUCGACAAGCUCAGUGAAAGUAUUGGAAAAUGAGAUAUGCUGUCUCAGAAUGAAGAAAAACGAGAUAAAGAGAAGAAUGAACAGCAAGCGGGAACAAUUCAUGGUUGUAUGCCUAGAUUUUCAGGAAGAAAUCAGCAAGCGAGAAAAUGAUAGAGCUUUGGUAUUGCUGGAGGAGAAACAAGUGCUAGAAAAUGAAAUUGAUGAUUUGAAUAAGAAGAAUAACGCUCUGAAAAACUCAAUGAUGGCAUUCAUGGAAGAUAUAGUUGAAGAUCUUCAGGGUUCUAUAUCUGCUUUACAAGUUGAGAUUCAGGCUAGAAACUUUGAGAAUGACAAAAUGCUCAAGGAUAUUGAGGAGUUAAAAGCAACUCUGCUAUCAGCAAUUUCUUUUGGGUCUUGA